AUGUUAAUCCUAUGGAACACUAUUUUAGCCGUAUUUUCUAUCAUAGGCUUUACGAGAUGCGCCCCACAGUUCUGGCACUUGUAUCGUACCAAAGGCUUUAUGGCCACUAUAUGCCAGUCUGAUUACUACCGAGACAUUAGGGUACUAUUAUGGUACUACUUAUUUGUUUGGUCUAAAGUGCCUGAACUCAUUGACACCAUGUUUAUUGUGCUACGCGGCUCGAAGCUAAUUAACCUACACUGGAUACACCACUGCCUAACCCUGGUAUACAGUUGGUACAGCAUUGGUGACCAACCGGCCACUACCCAGUGGAUGAUCACGAUGAAUUAUGGCGUACACUCACUAAUGUAUACAUACUAUGUCUGUAUGGCCUGUGGUUGGCGGCUAUCCCGUCGCCUAAGCGCAUGCAUAACAAGCUUACAAGUCGUCCAAAUGAUGGCCGGAUUUUACAUUAAUUAUGUGGCAAUGAAUAGGAAACUCAAUGGCCAGCCGUGCGAUGUGUCACUACAUGUGGCCAAAACCGGAGUUACACUGUAUGCUCUGUUUAUGGUGUUGUUUAUGAACUUUUUUGUUAAAUCCUACUUGCUUAAACCACUAUCUGUUAAGCCAACUAGAGUUAAGCGUGAUUAA